AGCUUGUCCCGAUCGAGACGACACGCAACGCAAGAGCAAAUAUGGCAGAGGAAGCACCGGCAGCAGCGGCACCGACCAAGUCGCCGGGGAAGAGCAAGAAGAGGACGGGAAAAGCGGCUGGGAAAGGAGGAACCCCCAUCGCUAAAAUGAUCCUGGAUGCCGUCUCGGCGUCAAAGGAGCGCAAAGGUAUUUCGACCGCCGCGAUCAAGAAAAUUCUGGCCAGUAAAGGCACGGACGUCAGCAAGGCGAACAAGCGCAUCAACACCGCUAUCAUCCGCUUGGUGGCCAAUGGAAAGAUUGUCCAAACGAAAGGAGUAGGUGUGUCUGGUUCCUUCAAGCUGGCCAAGGUGGAAGCGGCACCUAAGAAAGACAAGGCUGCAAGGAGAUCAACCUCAAAGCCCGCAAAGAAGGGUAUCAAGUCUAGAAAGGCUGCGACAUCGCCUAGCAAGAGAAAGAGUAUCAAACAGGUGAGGAAAGCAAAGAAAUCCGACAAAAAGGGCACGCCUAAGAAAAAUAAGCCAGCAGGCAGCCCUAAGAAGACCGCAGCCAAGGCUAAUAAAUCGAAAGAUAAGCGGGCUAAGAAAGAAGUCAAAAGAGCAAGGAAACCUGUUGUGAAGAAGGCAGCAGGCAGGAAAGUAGCAAAGAAACCUGCACCCAAAAAGUCUGCUAAAAAGUGAAGCAGUUGACUCCUACGCAUCGUCACCCAAAGGCUCUUUUAAGAGCCACCACAAAUUCCACUAAAGAGCAAUCCUCGUUUCUCUUCUUAAUACUUAAAUGUUAUCCUGUUAGUAAAAUUGAUUUAUUUUACUUGGGUAAAAUAUGUGAUGUAACUUAUUGGCACAAACCAACCCAAGGUAACCCCUUACGUGCUUACAUCACAUGAAAACUGCAAGACGAUGAAGAAAUAGAAAAAUAAAUAAAUAAAACACAUUAUUUCCCAGAGAGCAGACCGAAGUUGAAAAGAUGUUGGAUCGACAUCCCGCUGUCGAUCUUAUAUCGUUAAAUGUCAUUUCGAUUAAUAAUAUUGGAACAACACGUAAUCAAUGUUAUGUUUUCGACCAAAACGCCCGCUCAUCCAUAAUUCAAUGACUUAUCAAUCAUAUUUUCGGUCAACCAUAAAUUAACUAUUUGUCAACAUUAGUUCACCAAGUAUAAAACAAUGGUAACCCAACCAUCGCCUGACAUACCAUAGAACAACGUUGUUUCAACAGCACUUGACGUCGAAAAUUUCGAUGUCAACCGUACUGAUGAUUUUGAUGGAAAAUAAACGUUUAUUCAAUGUCGGUCUGCUAUCUGGGUUGUUACUACACUCACCCCAGAGAUAAUAGUUUUGAUUUUUAAUACAUUUUGUAAUGUGUGCAUUUUAUUCACAAACAAAACUUCGCGAAGAAACCUCCUAUAUUUGAUUUUUUUCCAAUCAAAAUAGAUUGUACACUGAAAUCAGUAAGACUAAUUAGCACUUCUUAAAAAAGUAAUAAACUGAUUUAAAUGUUUUUUCCCUGAAGCCUCUGGUUAAAAUUUCAAUAUUAUUUUUACAUGUUAAAUUGUACAUAUGUGCUUUUUUUUAAUUAUUGUUUUUUGUUUGUUUGUUUUUUUUUUUUUUUAA